GCUAGCCAUUCAGUCCGUCCGGGCCCCGGGCCGGGAGAGCCAGGUAGCCGGGGACCGCGAGAGGAGCCGCGGCAGAGCGCAGGUCACUUUCCUGUUGAAUCCUUGAUCUAGUUUCCAGUCCCCAGCCCUGCCCCAUGAUCUAAAUCUAGGAAAGGCUUAGGAUUUUGAAAUGAAGAUGGAGGAGGCUGUGGGAAAAGUUGAAGAACUUAGUGAGUCUACUGUCCCACCAAAAACGUCUGAAAAACAAGAAACAGUCCAGACAGAAGAUGGACCUAUAGAACUAGAGUCUCAUUCUCAGAAAGAUGGUGUGAGUGAUUCUGCAGUUCUUUCAUCAAUGCCUUGCUUGCUGAUGGAAUUAAGACGGGACUCCUCAGAGUCUCAACUGGCAUCUACAGAAAGCGAUAAACCAACAACUGGUCGAGUUUAUGAGAGUGACUCUUCUAAUCAUUGCAUGCUUUCACCUUCUUCCAGUGGACAUCUAGCAGAUUCAGAUACAUUGUCUUCUGCAGAAGAGAACGAGCCCUCCCAGACAGAAGCUACUGUAGAAGGAGAUCCUUCUGGUGUGUCUGGAUCAGCUGUUGGUCGCAAGUCUAGACGGUCCCGAUCUGAAAGUGAAACAUCAACAAUGGCUGCCAAGAAAAACAGGCAGUCCAGUGAUAAGCAAAAUGGCCGAGUUGCCAAGGUUAAAGGUCACCGGAGCCAAAAGCACAAAGAAAGAAUCCGGCUACUGAGGCAGAAGCGGGAGCUUGCAGCUCGCAAGAAGUAUAACCUGCUGCAGGACAGCAGUACCAGUGAUAGUGACCUGACCUGUGACUCAAGCACGAGUUCGUCAGAUGAUGACGAAGAAGUUUCAGGGAGCAGCAAGACAGUCACUGCAGAGAUACCAGAUGGACCUUCAGUUGUAGCUCAUUAUGAUAUAUCUGACACCAACUCUGACCCAGAAGUGGUAAAUGUGGACAAUUUAUUGGCGGCUGCAGUAGUUCAAGAACACAGUAAUUCUAUAGGAAGCCAGGACACAGGAGCUACCUGGAGGACCAGCGGGCUUCUAGAGGAACUGAAUGCUGAGGCAGGUCAUUUGGAUCCAGGAUUCCUUACAAGUGACAAAACAACUUCUGGCAAUGCACAACUCAAUGAAGAGAUUAAUAUUGCCUCUUCAGACAGUGAAGUAGAGAUUGUGGGAGUUCAGGAACAUGCAAGGUGUGUACAUCCUAGAGGUGGUGUGAUUCAGAGCGUGUCUUCAUGGAAGGAUGGCUCAGGCUUACAAUAUUUUAGCAGCCGGCAAACACAAUCAUGGACAUCUGUGACUCCCCAGCAGAAUUGGUCUUCGCCCUCGGAAGUAGUUGAUCUUACCUUGGAUGAAGACAGCAGACGCAAAUACCUACUGUAAUACGAUGUCACUGUGUUUCUUCCCCACUGUACCCUUCCUUUUUCUCUUUGGCACAGAAGUUCAUUGUCAUUGCUUCAACUUCAGAAGCUCUGCUCUUGGCAUUUGUGGAAUUGAAACUUGUGGAGAAUUACCCCUAACACUGAGGUUUUAUCUUUUAAAAGUCAUUUAGGAAAAUGAAGGAUUCUUUCCCUCCUUCAUUAGGAAAAUGAGAGAUAGUGAUGAAUUUUAUGGGAAAAAGAACUGCAGUUAUAUGCGGUGAAUAUUAAUCUGAGGAAAUGCUAUCCAGCUCUGCCUUCCUCACUCCUGAUAGAAUAAUUUUAGUUUAAUUACAAGGUGAAUUUAAACUGGGGUUUUGGAGCCUUGUAUUUUUCUCUCUGUGAGUGAAAUUAUACCCUACAGGGUCAGCUCUUCCUUUCCUUCCCACUGGCCCUCUUGCCCCAGGGCAUUUGCACAUUUCUCAGUCAGGUUCUAUUAUUGGCACUCAGUAGGACAUGUGUGUUAACAGCAUGUUCUUUGAAGCAGAAAACAGGAGCAUUACUGUUUCUCUCUUAACUUAGUUUUCUGCUCCCUUUCCUGACUACUCUCCUGACUGGUGACUUGCCACAACUUGAAUGAUUUUGCUCUGAUGUUAUGAUCACAAAUGCUGUUAGGUUGACUUCUGUUGAUUCCUUGUUUGCAAUAACUUUUAAUUCUGAAAAACGAGAAUUUCUUGACUAGUAGAAACUUCCAGGAUAAUAUUUUUCUGAGGAGGAUUGGUAUCAAUGGAAAAAAAAAAUCUCCAUUCUGAUUCUAUUGGUUUUUCUUUUUUUUCUAGUCUACUCAAAUAUAACUGGAAAAUAUAUAAAGGUGAAACUGGGAACCCAUUACAUUGGCCUGAAACAGACAGAGGCCAAAGUUGGGAGGGCUAUAGUAACUCAUAAGCUUGCAUGGCAUUUGGCAAGAGUGUUAAGUGCCUUCUUUCAUAGCAAGUCUCUCCAUGUAGGGCAUAGCCAAUAAGCGCUAAUUACAAAAACUGAUGCCGAACUGAUGUGUGCUUGGUAUUUUUCUCCUUCCUACCUUUAAAAAAAUAAUAAUAUAUGCCAUAAGAAGCACAUGAUGCUACAUUCUAGAUUUUACAUAAUUAAAAAUAUAGGAAAAUUCAGGAAAUGCCAAAGUUGAGGUUUUUGUGGCAUUGUUAAGCUACUUGGUAUCUGGGAUUUAUUUCACUUAUUGUUCACAUCUCUUGAAAGCAAUAGCUUUGUUAACAACAUCAUGUACAGAGGUAAGGAAAAGUGAUGUUGCUUUCAUGACCUCCUCAUUAUGUUUUUCUUAAGUCUUUCCUUUUUGGUUUUUUGGUAAUUUAUCUGUUGAUAAGCUACUUAACCUGUAGCCCUUAAUGCAUCAGUGGCUGCUGCUUAUCAUAAAAGCAUGCAUGAGAACUGCACAGUCAGAAUAGUCUGCCUGACCCUAUUUGUCCAACAUUAAAAUACUUGUUUUUACUAAAGCAUAGUUUCUUAGUGAAUCCUUUCUACUACUUUUGGGCUCUUAAAUGCUCUCUUCCAUCAGGGAUGUGUUUUUGAUCACAUAUUCUUUGAUCAGCACCUUUCUCUGAUAUUUUUUUAUUUGCUUUUGUUUUCCAUCAGUUCAGAUUCAGGCUUUUGAGAUAAUUCCAGUUUAUGAAGCUUAAUUCUAUCCUUGUAUAUGGGCCUCUUGGCAAAACCAAAGACCAAACAUGAGGCCGAAACAGAAUUAUAUUCCAAUCUGACUGUUAUUAAUGUCCUCAGACUGUUCAUAUUUAAUUUUGGCAUUAUUAAGUACUUUGUGCUAUUAUAAGCUAUUAAUUUACUUAGCUUAAAGUAUUUUGCCAAGCUGAAUCCACAAUUCCUGAUCUGUGUUUUCAAGGAAACCAACUUGAAGAAUAUAGGGUGGGUCAUGCUAUAUCACUUGAAAUUUGUUUAUUGUCUCAGACACCUGUAAAACUCCUUUGAAGUAAAUACUUUACAGAGAAAGUUCUAUUUAAUAAAGUUAUUUCUGUAGUCCUUUAUAAAUGGGCCAUAGAAACAAUACACUGUUGAACCAUUUACAACAAAUUCUCUAAAUAGCAUAUAAGUAUAUAAUACAUAAUACAUAAGCAUCUGUUUGUGCUUCCUUGGGUGAAGGGGGGGAGGG